UCAAGUUUUACCAAGUAUCAAAGCAAACACAAAGCGAUUAAGCAUACUCCAAUCUCAGAUUUGUUAACCCUAGAAACCUCUAGAACUCGAAUCAAUGGCGCCGAAGGCAGAGAAGAAGCCCGCUGAGAAGAAACCAGCCUCCGAGAAGCCGGUGGAGGAGAAAUCAAAAGCCGAGAAAGCUCCGGCGGAGAAGAAACCAAAGGCCGGGAAGAAGCUUCCGAAGGAAGCUGGUGCCGGAGGCGACAAGAAGAAGAAGAUGAAGAAGAAGAGUGUGGAGACUUACAAGAUCUACAUCUUCAAGGUGCUGAAGCAGGUUCAUCCAGAUAUCGGAAUCUCAAGCAAAGCGAUGGGGAUCAUGAACAGUUUCAUCAACGAUAUCUUCGAGAAGCUAGCUCAAGAGUCGUCGAAGCUUGCGAGGUACAACAAGAAGCCUACCAUCACUUCCCGGGAGAUUCAGACUGCUGUGAGGUUGGUGCUUCCUGGAGAGUUGGCCAAGCAUGCCGUUUCUGAGGGAACUAAGGCGGUUACCAAAUUCACCAGCUCUUGAGCAAUUGAGUUAGGGUUUUUUUUUUUGCGUUUAUCGUUUUGUUUUUUUAAGUGUCGGUUUCGUUUGCGAUUUCACAUUUUGUAAGUACUGUGCUGCUAUUGAUAUAUUUUGGAAUCUAUAAUUGCUCUUUUGUGUCUCAAC